AGAAAAAAAGAAAAUUAAACAAAAAUACACAAAUUCUAAAUCAGCCCAAUUUUUUCCCCAAAUCACCGUUCUCCGCCGUAAUCGUGGCGCGACCGCCGGUUAAGCUCAGCGCCGACGUAGCUGGCUAGUUUGGCAUUUUUUACAACUUAUUUGCUUAUUUAUCUCUUCGUUUAAGCUCCGGUAUCUGUGUCUGGCUUGGACGUUUGCGGUUUAAUUGCUCUAAACUUGAUUAGAUCACAUCAAACUUUGUUCGAAUCCUUUGUUAUGGUCUUUGGCUCUAGUUGGGGGCCAAACUUCAUGUUGCAAAGAACAUAUUAUAUUGGUUUAAGAUAAAGAUGAAUUUACAGACACACCAUACAGGGCAGAUCUCGGGCCAGGUACCCAACCAAACUGGUACUAUGUUGCCUGGGCUACCACAGCAAAAUGGAAACCCUAUGGCCAGCCAAAUGCAGAAUCCUAAUAUCCAUCGAAAUGUACCCAAUAUGGAUCCAGAAACUAUUAAAAGACGCAAAUACAUGCAAGAGAAAAUUUGGAACUUUCUUAUGCAGCGGCGUCAACAAUCACCUGAGGUUCCCAACAGAAAAAUGGUUGAUAUAGUGAAACGUCUGGAAGACGGUCUAUUCAGAACUGCUGCAACAAUGGAGGAGUACCUAAACCUGGAAACUUUAGAGAGGCGUUUGCACAUUCUGAUUAAACGCUUCCCUACAAGUAAUAACAAUCAGCAGAUGCAACAUGCCAAUUCUUCCACUCCCGUCGGUACAAUGAUACCCACACCUGGGUUUCAACAAAACUCAAGCUUUGUUGGAACUUCAUCAGUGGAAAAUUCUUUCGUGAACAAUAGUAGUUCCAACACAAUCACAUCGUCUACCAUGAAUUCGGGAAGUUUUUUUCCAACUCGAAAUGGGUCUCCUGGAAGUGCACAUGGACCUUUGGCUGGUGGGUAUCAGCAGUCACCUAAUACUUUCUUGGUCAAUCCCGGUGGAAAUAACAUGAUGACGUCCAUGGGUUCGCAAAGAAUGGCAAGUCAAAUGAUCCCAACUCCUGGAAUUAGUAACUCCAACACUAGUGAUAUGAUUACUAACACUAGCAACAACAAUUCCAUGAAAAUUGAGCCAUCAGAUGUUGGAGCGUGUCCUGAUGUUGACUCUACAACUGCAUCACAGCCUAUGUUGCAAAAACAACAUGUUGGGGGUCAAAAUUCUCGUGUCUUACACAAUAUUGGUGGGCAAAUUGGUAGUGGAGGCAGUUCUACGUUACAGCAGAAAUCCUUUGGAAUAAAUCAUGGGUCCCUAAGUGGAGGGUUUGGAAUAAUGGGAAAGAAUAUGUCUGUCAUGAACAGUUCAGGAACCACCGAGGGAUAUUUAUCUGGAACUAUAUAUGGCAACUCCACCAAACCCUUGUCUCAGCAUCUUGACCAGCAUAACCAAAGACCAGUAACACAAGGUGAUGCCUAUGGAAUUGGCACUACUGAUGCUUCUGGGUCUGGAAACAUGCAUAUUCCUGUAACAACUGUUGGGUCAACGAUUAACAACCCAAGUUUGAAUGCCAUAUCCAUGCAAUCAAUGCACAGGACAGAUUCUCCUUUGAUGAUCAAUAACCAACCAAAUGUAUGUUCUUCUCAACAGGCAACUGAUUCUCAUUCAGUAGAUCAAUCACAAAAGGUGAACUUUCAAUCGCAGUAUACAGUGAAAGAAAAUCUUGUGCAACCUCAUCAACAUCAGCUGUUUCAACAGCCGUCCCAGCAGUUUCAGCAACGGCAACCUUCUCAGCAUCAAUUGCAACAAAAAAGCAAAAUGCAAAACCAGUAUUUGUUGAGAAAUGAUUCUUUCACUCAUUCCCAUUUAUCGCCCAGCAUGGCAUCUGAGGUGAAGCAGGAGAUUGGAACAGAGCAUCAUAAUGAAGGUCUACAGUCAAAAGAUACCCACUCCUUCCAUUCCGAUACCCAGAAUCAGUUCCAGUCAAACUCUCUGGAGGGCCAUUCUAGAUCUUCUCAGCCCUUUUCUCAUUCAUCUGUGCCGCAUGAUACCCCAUCACUGCAUCCACAGCAAUUUGUUUGCAACGCUCAAAGUGAUUUUACUGGUCUUUCUGGUGGUGUUCAACCAGAUGCAGCAUUGGGCGGUCAGCAGUAUUCCAAGCCUCAAGAUAUGGAUGUAUCAGGAAGACUCCCACUUAAUCAGACUAUUCAAGAGGAAAUUCAUCAAAGAUUAACCAGGCAAGAUGGAGCUCAACUAAAUAAUUUAUCCUCAGAAGAAUCUGUUAUUGGCCACUCUGGAACUUCUAGAUCAACAGAACCAGUGAACACAGGUGACCCAGCACCUCGAACUUAUAGCAUUAUUCGCGAAAAACAGUUCAAGAACCAACAGAGGUGGUUGUUAUUUUUGAGGCAUGCUCGUAGAUGUCAUUUCCCAGAAGGGAAAUGCCCUGAGCCUCACUGCUUAACUGCUCAGAAGCUGUUGAAGCAUAGUGGAAGUUGCAACUCUCUUGAGUGUACAUACCCUCGUUGCCGUGCGACAAGGGUAUUAGUCAAUCAUCAUAGGCGCUGUCAGGAUACAAAUUGCCCUGUUUGUAUACCUGUUAAAAGUUUUAUGCAGGCUCAAUUCAAGACACUUGCUCGUUCUAAUUUGAGGCCUGGGUUGCCUACAGUAGUCAAUGAAUCUUCUGGUGUCCAUGAUAUAGCUGGAACAGUGGGAAGGUUUACUCCAAAGAUAGACCCAGUGAUAGCUGAAACUCCCAAAGAUCUAGAACCUUCUACUAAACGUACAAAAGUUGAGCAAGGUUUACAGUCUCUUGUCCCUAGCAGUGGAUGCUCUGUGGCAGUGACCUCUACUGUAAGUGAUUGUCAUGUCCACGAUCUACGUCAAGGUGAAAAGGAUAGCAAUUACCAUAUUCCAGUAAAAUCUGAAAUUAGCGAUGUGAAAGUAGAGGUGAAAGUCCCUGUAAACGUUGCACAGGAAAGUCCCAAAAUUGAGAUAAAAAAGGACAACUUGGAUGAUGCAUACAUCCAAACUCCAAAAGGUGAUGAUGUCACACCUAGUGAUUCUGUUGGAUAUGGUGUUCAUCAGGUCACGAAGACAGAAAAUGAUUCGGCACAGACUAAACAAGAAAACACUCCAUUACCUCCCGAGAGUGCAUCCAAGUCUGGGAAGCCAAAAAUAAAGGGAGUAUCAAUGAUUGAAUUGUUCACGCCAGAUAUGGUCCGCCAACAUAUUAUGGGUCUCCGUCAGUGGGUAGGACAGAGCAAAGCGAAGGCAGAGAGAAACCAGGCAAUGGAGCAUUCAAUGAGUGAAAAUUCUUGCCAACUAUGUGCAGUUGAGAAGCUUACUUUUGAACCUCCUCCUAUAUAUUGUACUCCCUGUGGUACUCGCAUUAAAAGAAAUGCAAUGUAUUACACCUUUGGAUCUGGUGAAACCCGUCAUUGCUUCUGCAUUCCAUGCUAUAACAAUUCUCAUGGAGACACCAUUGCAGUAGAUGGAACACCUAUUCCAAAGGGAAGGGUGGAGAAAAAGAAAAAUGAUGAAGAGACUGAAGAAUGGUGGGUUCAAUGUGACAAAUGUGAAGCUUGGCAGCAUCAAAUCUGUGCAUUGUUUAAUGGUAGAAGAAAUAAUGGUGGAGAAGCUGAGUAUACUUGUCCAAAUUGUUAUAUGGCAGAAGUUGAAAUGGGAGAACGCGCACCAUUACCGCAGAGUGCUGUUCUCGGUGCUAAAGAUUUGCCUAGAUCACAUCUAAGUGAUCACUUGGAGCAGCGUUUAAUUGUAAAAUUGAAGGAAGAGAGGCUUGGCAGAGCAAGGAUGCAAGGCAAAAGUUAUGAUGAGAUCCCAGGAGCAGAAGAACUUGUAGUAAGAGUGGUAUCAUCAGUUGACAAAAAGUUGGAUGUUAAGCCUCGCUUCCUGGAGAUUUUCCAAGAGGAAAACUAUCCAACAGAGUACCCUUAUAGAUCUAAGGUGGUCCUGUUAUUUCAGAGAAUCGAAGGUGUUGAAGUGUGCUUGUUUGGCAUGUAUGUUCAAGAAUUUGGAUCUGAGUGCCAGCAGCCAAAUCAUCGAAGAGUCUACCUCUCUUACCUGGAUUCUGUUAAGUACUUUAGGCCAGAUGUCAAAGCUGUCUCUGGCGAGGCUCUUAGGACAUAUGUGUACCAUGAAAUUUUGAUUGGAUAUUUGGAGUACUGCAAAAUGCGUGGUUUUACAAGCUGCUACAUCUGGGCAUGCCCUCCGCUGAAGGGUGAAGACUACAUUUUGUAUUGUCACCCAGAGAUUCAAAAGACACCCAAAUCUGAUAAACUUCGAGAGUGGUACUUGGCCAUGCUACGAAAAGCCACAAAGGAAAACAUUGUCGUGGAGCUUACUAAUCUGUAUGAACAUUUCUUUGUUUCAACUGGUGAAUGUAAAGCAAAGGUAACUGCAGCUCGUCUGCCAUACUUUGAUGGAGAUUAUUGGCCUGGUGCUGCGGAGGACAUCAUCUAUCAACUGCAACAAGAAGAGGAUGGGAGAAAACAAUCUAAGAAGGGAACUUUGAAAAAGAUCACAAAAAGAGCUUUAAAAGCAUCUGGCCAAACCGAUCUUUCUAGUAACGCAUCAAAGGAUCUGAUGUUAAUGCACAGGCUUGGUGACUCCAUAACUUCAAUGAAGGAAGAUUUUAUCAUGGUUCACUUACAACAUUCAUGUACUCAUUGCUGCAUCCUAAUUGUUUCGGGAAAACGGUGGGUCUGCAAGCAGUGCAAAAAAUUUCAGAUUUGUGACAAAUGCUAUGACGCUGAGAGGAAACGUGAUGAUAGGGAUAGACAUCCUACAAACUACAAGGAUGUCCAUGCACUUUAUCCUGUUGACAUUGCUGAAGUUCCUGAUGAAACUAAAGAUAAUGAGAAUCUUGAAAGUGAAUUUUUCGACACAAGACAGGCAUUUCUCAGUCUUUGCCAAGGAAACCAUUAUCAGUACGAUACUCUUCGCCGAGCUAAGCAUUCUUCCAUGAUGGUCCUAUAUCAUCUGCACAAUCCGACUGCCCCAGCUUUUGUCACAACAUGCGUCAAAUGCCACCUUGAUAUAGAGAGUGGGCAAGGUUACCGAUGUGAGACAUGCACUGAUUAUGAUCUAUGCAAUGCCUGCUAUCAGAAGGAUGGAGGAAAAGAUCAUCCUCAUAAGUUAACUAAUAAUCAGUCCAUUGAUCCUAAUGCACAGAACAAAGAAGCCAGGCAAUUACGAGUCACACAGUUGAGGAAAAUGCUCGAGCUCCUGGUGCAUGCUUCUCAGUGCCGGUCACCCCUUUGCCAGUAUCCAAACUGUCGCAAGGUCAAAGGCCUUUUCCGCCAUGGCAUCCAGUGCAAAAAGCGUGCUUCAGGAGGCUGUCAUUUGUGUAAGAAAAUGUGGCACCUCCUCCAGCUUCACGCCCGAGCCUGCAAAGAAUCCAACUGCGGUGUACCACGAUGCUGGGACCUGAAGGAACACCUGAGAAGGCUGCAGCAACAGUCAGAUUCACGACGAAGGGCUGCUGUAAUGGAAAUGAUGAGGCAACGCGCAGCAGAGGUCGCCGGCAGUUCUUGAUCACCCCAAGUUGUACAUAGCGAUAGCGAGGCAGAAAAUACUGUAGUAAUUGGAAAAGCUACAUUUCCCUUUUCGUCUCAUUCGAUGGAAAUUGAAGAAGUAGGAUUGGAAUCUGUCACGACAGCCUGAUAGCAAUAGGAAAAGCAAAGGAGAUCGGCUUCACCAUCAACGAUGUUUCUCGAUAUUAUCAUAGGAUGUUUAUAGAUCAGCAACUUCUUUUCUUCUGCUUCAAAACUUGCUACUGUAAUUUAAAUGGGAAAAGAAGGUACAGAAAUCAGUCUUGAAUUUUUUGUAUUUGUUUACUCAGUAUUUCUUCCUUGCUAUCAUUUGAUGGCUGAGUGUAUCAUAGUAUCUUUUACUUUCAUAGUUUAAAUGGAGAAGAACAUUUUUCCA